UUUAGCUCUAUAGCGUCACUUUGAUAAGCACAGAUCCGCCCUAGACAGACAAUUUCUCCUGACUUCUGUGAGAUCCACUUAAAUACAGUUCCUGCUUUGGUUUUCCCGACAGACAUUCAUUUUACUUGAAUAAUACAGGUUGACACCAACGUUUGCCAAACAAUGAGUCGUACAACUCCAGAACUCCAUGCUAUUCAUGGCUCGAAUUUGUUCUCUAGCCUUCAUCUGUCACAACAGGCACCGUUGAUCCUCAGCCGACGCCUCACAUCGGAGACCAAUUUAAAGUCCACAUUGCUGUUCUCGCCGGAAAAGUUUGAGGAAUACAGGGAGAUCGAACAGCUUUUAUUAGCUUGUUUACAGACUGGAGAUGACAGAUCAGCACUAUCCUGUCUCAAUCAACUCGAACAGCGCUUCGGGGCUUCAAAUGAGAGGGUCCUUGGGCUACGCGGCAUAUACGAAGAGGCCGUUGCAGAGGAUCGAUCUUCCCUGGAAUCCUGCUUACGGAAAUAUGACACCUUACUGCUGGAGAACCCGGCCAACAUGCCUGUUCUAAAGCGGCGUGUUGCGCUUCUGCGUGCAUUGUCUCGGCACACAGACGCUAUACACAGCCUAAUAGAUCUGCUGAAAGCUGCCCCUACGGAUGCGGAAGCUUGGUGCGAACUCUCAGAUCUAUAUAAGUCUCAAGGAAUGGGACUCCAGGCAAUCUUCUGCCUUGAGGAAGCAUUAUUGAUUGCACCAAACGCGUGGAAUAUUCAUGCUCGUCUCGGUGAGCUUCAAUACCUCGUCGCUGGGUCUUCCGACCCAGAGCAAUCAUAUCACCUAUUGCGCGGGUCGAUCCGUUCUUUCAGCAGAAGUAUUGAACUCUGCGAUGAUUAUCUGAGGGGUUUCUAUGGCUUGGCUUCAGCCUCUGCGAUCUUGCUCAAAGGUGAAGGGUAUCGAACUUACCUGCAGGAUUCUUCAUUGUCGCAAGCAGACGAUUCACUCUCAGUAGUGCUGCUCGAGAAGCUGAAUGCCUUUGCCAAAACUAGGAUCGAGGGUAUCGUGAAAGAACGGUCCCAGGGGCGCAUUCAUUCUGAAUACAGCCAAGGCGAGCUCAUCGCAGCGAAGGAGCUUCUCAAUCGUCUCAAUGUAUCCGACUAAAACUAUUCCCCAUCGCUGAUUUAUUGAAUUUCCUGUAUCAUCUGUUCUCAUAAUUGAGUGCUUCUUGUGUUGGAUCUGGAACUACUCUCUCAUUACUUAUCUGAUUACGCCGAAGGCUUAUUCUCUCACGGUCUGAAGCAGCGUUCUAUUGAAUAUUCAAGGACCUUGCAUUGCUAGAUGAAGUACAUUACCUAUAAUCCGGUUAAGGGAGCACACCAAUUUUUUGUACCCCUCAUAGUAUCAACUUUAAAUAGGC